AUGCCUCAUCAAUACAUUUCACCCCUUCAGUUACGAAAUAAAAAUUGGUAUGUUGCUUGGAAUCGAUCCAAAGAUUCCGAACAACAAUCAUGGCCAUCGAUAAGUCUACUCGAAAUGCUCCUAUAUGUGCUUGAUAAUCGCAAAGCAAAUGAAGCAGCAAGAAAUUUCCACAUGCGUCAAGUAACGAAAUCAAGAGAUAUGGCUCCUGUGGAACGGAAAACGAAAAAGGGACGAUUGUCACUGGAAAACAGACGAUGA